AUGGCUUCCAACUUCAAUAUUGACUAUGCCGACGACCAGGAACUGCCUGAUCCUUCCUAUAUGCCCUUUCCGGGCCAGGUUGGUAACUAUGCCUUCGGUGCCAUGCUCCCCCAGGAUUCGAACCUCCCACUACAGAAUUUUGAACGCACCCAACCCGGUCUGGAAGGGCGCAUGUCAAAUGUGAUGCUUGCCUACGAAGGUGCCAACGCCGUCUCCAUGCCCAUGAACAUGGAUCCGACCAACGCCUUUGCCUACGAUGCCCCCGCCUACCCGCCCUCCACCAUGGGGAUGCCCCAGUACCAGACCACAUACGCGACCUUUCAGCAGUCCAUGCCCGUCUAUUCCCGACCCCCACUUGCCAGGAGGGAACAAUAUGAUACCAGCACUGAUUCCACCGCCAAUUUCGAGGAUUCGGAUUUUUCAGCCCGAAACAGCGACCGGUCCCAAGUGGCUGCGAGGGCUUCGCGGCGGGUAGACCGACCACAACCCGGCCCACGUCCUUCACAGCCCGUAGCCAUCCAGCCCAAGAAGCCCGCUCCCGCUCAAGAGGAUAUCUCUCCUGGACUGGAAAAGCCAGAGAUUGGUAAGACCGAGCACACCGGAAUUUACUCAAGCAGUGGCUUUGACGUAUUGGGUGCCCUUGGUCGCGUGGCGAUGAGGCCAAACCCCAAAAUCAACAUCGGCGCUGUGGAUCUGUCCUGUGCCUUUGUCAUGUGUGAUAUCCUCCGCGAGGAUCAACCAAUUAUAUAUGUCUCAGAGGCCUUUGAACGAUUGACGGGCUAUACUAAGGACGAAAUUGUCGGCCGUAACUGUCGGUUCCUUCAAGGACCCGAUGGCAAGAUUGCGCCGGGCGCAAAGCGAACUUUUGUGGACGGUCAGACCGUCCACCGGCUGCGAUCGACCAUUGAUGAUCGCAAUGAGAUCCAAGCCAGCAUCAUUAAUUAUCGCAAAGGCGGACAGCCCUUUAUGAACCUCAUCACCAUGAUUCCCAUUCAGUGGGACUCGGGUGAGUAUCGGUUCUACGUCGGCUUCCAGGUGGAUCUGGUUGAGAAGCUAGACGCUGUCAGUCGAAGAAAUCCUGACGGCACUUAUAGUGUGAAUUACCAGCGGGAUCAAUUGCCCCAAUAUGUGGUCCCACCAGAUGUCUAUUCAUCGCGCCCGGACCUCAUGGCGCGCUACGGACAUGAUGAAGUGACUGCUAUUCUCAAUGCAGCGACUGCUGCAGGGAAUGAAGUCAACCGACACUUCUUGGAUCGCAUCUUGGUAGAUAACACCGACGACGUGAUCCAUGUGCUUUCCUUCAACGGCGAAUUCUUGUACCUUUCGCCUUCUUGCUCCCGGGUUCUGGAAUACGAACCUGUCGAGCUUGUUGGCAAGACGCUAUCCACCAUCUGCCACCCCAGCGAUAUUGGCCCUGUGAUACGUGAUCUAAGAGCAAGCACCACUACUGCUCCGGUGAGCGUGGUGUAUCGUAUCAGACAAAAGUACAAGGGCUACAUGUGGUUCGAGAGUCAUGGUGCGUGGCACAUUGACCCCAAUCAGGGUCGAAAGCAUUUGGUUAUGACGGGCCGCCCACGACCAGUCUACGCACUGGAUCAAAUUGCCCGUCUGGGGUCAUCUGCCGCACUGGCUGAGAAUGAUGUCUGGGCCAAGGUCUCCCUGUCCGGCGUGAUCUUAUUCAUCACCACCAAGGUGAAGCCAGUACUUGGUCGCUCGCCGGACGAUCUGGUUGGCAAGGGUAUGCAAGAAAUUAUGGAGCCCGAGUCUGGGGGCUCUGCCACCAUCACACGGGCCCUGGAGGCAGCAUCUCGUGGUCAGGGAGCUGGCCUGGCCACUACCAAAACUAACGCACCCAAAGAUGAAGCUCCAUCAUUUAGACAUCAAAUGCGACAUAAGAAAGGUCAUGUCCUCUCAGCACACACAACCAUAUACACCGGCGACGCUCGGGAGGGGUCCAAGCCUACCUUCCUCGUUGCCCAAAUUCGAUUCGCUCGAUCGUUCCCUCCAUCCGCCACCGCCGUCUCAGCCGCUGCAGACGAAAGGCUCGCUUCUCUCCCGGGUACUGCACGUAAUUCAACUCUCACUGUCGAUGACCCUCUUCCACCCAGCCAGUACGGCGCACUUGGUCAACGCAUGCCCGAUCUAUCCACCCUCAUCGGCCUAAACGGUCUCCCAGCCGGUAACCGCAGUGUCUCCCCCAGUUCUGACCCGGCUACCUUCUUCACAGAGCUCAAUCCAACCCGCGGAUCAAGCUGGCAGAUUGAGCUGAGAGAGCUGGAGAAACAAAACCGCACACUGUCCGAUGAGCUUCAGCGCUUGCUGGCCCGUCGGAAGAAGCGGAAGCGCAAGCAGACGGCCAUUUCCGUCGAGAAGUUUUGCGCCAUGUGCAAGACCAAGAACACACCUGAAUGGCGGCGGGGACCGAGUGGGAAUCGUGAUCUCUGCAACAGCUGUGGGCUGCGGUGGGCCAAGCAAGUCCGUGGGCAGGCGCAAUCACAGGCGCAAGCAACGGCUUAA